AUGUAUCGAUGGGUGCAGAGGAACAACAAAACUCUUCCUGUUGAGAUCCACAAGGUGCCCAUUCCUGUUCGUUCUUCAGCGCGGCGCAAGACUGACCAGGGGCGGCCUUGGCCUGUCAUAUAUCUAUCCAGUUGGUUCAAGGUUGCAUUUCAAGAGCCCUAUGGAGGAUUCUUUUUCUUAGCAGGUCAAAGGCUGACCGAGUUGGAUGAGGUAAAGAAAACGUUGUCUCGCUUCUGGAGCCGCUACCGGGGCGUGGAGCCUAAUUUUGUGUUUCCAGAACGGCCAGAUCUCACGAUACCGUUCUACGUGCAUGGAGAUGAGGGCCGAGGUUAUUGCAAGAGGCCAGUUCUGGUAGUGUCUGCACAACCCGUUUUUGGCUGGACAAGUGAUGACAACGCCAACAGCAAGAAGACCCAUGCAUGCUUUAUGAUAGACUUUGAUUGUUUUUGUGCGUCAAGGCACACAUUCACCACUCGCCUCCUGUACAGCCUGAUUCCCAGGGAGCGCUAUGCAGCAGAAGGGCUGGUUUUCAUUGCUGUACAUUGCCGGCAUUUUGGCGCCGGUGCAUGGGAGCUACUCUUGGAUCGGGCCUUUGAAGAUUUCUCUCGCUGGUGUGUGUCCAAUAAGAAGGUGUCCAGCAUCAAAGAGUUCUCGAAAGAGGAGCUGAAGAUCACUUCGCUUCAGCAGUAUCCUCGGGGUCUCGGAAAAGGCAGUGAUGCGGCCUUGGUAAGCAAGUGGAUCGCGACGGUCUUGGAGGGGAUGGAUGAGAACCAAGUCCCUGAAGAGUACCAGAACAUCUUCAAGGUGUUGAAGUGGGGUCACGCAUCCGUUUCGCAGUUCUUCAAGAUCAUUUAUUGUGGGAAGAUUUGGCUGACCGCUCAUGAGGGUGAGCAAGCAGUUCAACAUGGCUGGAUUUUGUUGGAAUGCUAUGGGGCUUUGGCCCGGCUGAGCUGGGAAGCUGGCCUGGCCCUGUGGUACAUCCGUCCCAAGUGCCACAUGUUGGCACAUGUGGUGCUCUCUGGCUGA